UUUGCAGGGGACAGAAUUGUUGUGCGCACACACUUCCUGAUGGAGCUGCCGCUGUUGCGAAGAAUAAAAAUACACUCCUAGCACGGCAGCUUAAUGAGUUCGAAAAAAGUUAUGUAUUGCUGUCAGGUGAAUAGAGAGAGAGUUAUUUUGACAAUGGACUGCAUUCUCCGACGUUGUGUUCAUGAACAGUAAGAAAGAAAGCUCCAUGUCCAGAGUGCCGCCGCUGAAGACAAGUCAACUGCGAAGGGUUUGUCUCGAAGCUAACGAGUCCCGGUAGCCUUAGCCACCAGGCCAGCUAGCUCUUACAGCCUAGGCCUCCGCUGUCUGUUUUUUUAUUUGUAAUUAGCCAUUCAUCUAGCGUAACUGUCGUCCGCGUCGUUCUAAAAUGUCCCGUCACUUAGCUCUACUUGGACCUGAAGCUAAUUAAUGUUUCGUUUGACUUAGUGACUUUAUUUUUCAGCUACAGUUAGCUACGCGAGUUAGGCUCCGCAGUUACAGCUGGUUCACUGCAUUGGACAACUGACAGAAAGUCUUUUUUGGCUCGUUUGACAGUUUGAGGCAUUGGUUGAAAUUAAUGGAGGUAAUUCGCGCCAAUGCGUCACUGUCCUUAAUUAAGAGGAUAACUCCGCGUAUCAUUUGUGCUUAGGCUAAUUGAUAGGGCGUCAACUCAUGCUGUGUUUGUUUUACUUUACUUUAGUAAGUUACUAGCUGACAUUAGCUGGUAAUGUCUAUAGCCUUACCACCCGCCGAUAUGCUUGAAACACCCCCUGGAUAUCCAUUUGAGGAAAUCAACUAUGACAACAUUGAAGUGGAGGAGGUGGUGGGUAGAGGAGCUUUUGGGGUUGUGUGCAAAGCCAAAUGGAAAGGCAAAGAUGUUGCGAUCAAGACCAUCGAGAGUGAAUCAGAAAGGAAAGCCUUUAUUGUGGAGCUCCGGCAACUUUCACGUGUGAAUCACCCCAACAUUGUGAAGUUGUAUGGUUCUUGCAAUAACCCUGUCUGUCUUGUAAUGGAAUAUGCUGAAGGCGGUUCACUGUAUAAUGUGUUGCAUGGUGCUGAACCCCUCCCCUAUUACACUGCUUCCCAUGCCAUGAGCUGGUGUUUACAGUGCUCCCAAGGCGUCGCCUAUCUCCAUGGCAUGAAACCAAAGGCUCUCAUUCACAGAGACCUCAAGCCACCCAAUUUGCUUCUAGUGGCAGGCGGCACUGUGCUGAAGAUAUGUGACUUUGGAACAGCUUGUGACAUACAGACCCACAUGACCAACAACAAAGGAAGUGCAGCAUGGAUGGCUCCCGAGGUAUUUGAAGGCAGCAAUUACAGUGAGAAAUGUGAUGUGUUCAGUUGGGGAAUUAUUCUUUGGGAAGUCAUUACACGCAGAAAACCCUUUGAUGAAAUCGGAGGACCAGCUUUCCGCAUCAUGUGGGCUGUGCACAACGGUACUAGACCUCCUUUAAUCAAAAAUCUGCCAAAGCCCAUUGAGAGUUUGAUGACUCGCUGUUGGUCUAAAGACCCUUCCCAGCGCCCUUCCAUGGAGGAGAUAGUAAAGAUCAUGACCCACCUAAUGAGGUACUUCCCGGAAUCUGAUGAGCCCUUGCAAUAUCCAUACCAGUAUUCAGACGAUGGCCAAAGUAACUCUGCAACUAGCACAGGUUCAUACCUGGACUACACUGGCAACAGCACAAGCAACAAAAGCGACGCAAACAUGGAGCACAGUGAUUCUCAAGGGAGCAGCAACGACACUAUCAAGAUAACGCCUCAGUUUGCACACCAUUUUAAGCCAAAGGGUGACCCCUUGAGGACUCUGCCUUUGUCCAGAGGGGGCAGCGUUGAGAGUCUCCCUGCACGGACUCAGUGCCUGGCAUCAUCUGAUAGCAAAAGAAUGAGUGCUGACCUGUCAGAGCUGGAGCCCAAGGUGCCAUUCGCACCUGCAGCCAGCUCACAGUAUAAACGAGGCCACCGUAAAACUGCAUCUUUCGGCACCAUUCUGGAUGUCCCCAAGAUCGUCAUAACAGCCACAUGUGAGCCACAGAGACGUCGGUCAAUGCAGGAUCUGCCAGGCAUCAGCACAGAGUCCAGCCAGGGAAGCAGGAACAGCAGCCGGUCCUCCAGUCCUAGUGUAAGGAUCAUGCCACCUGAUAAGACAGGCGGCAGAGGAUACUUGCCCCCCGAUGACCCUGCAGACACCAACGGCUCGGACAAUUCCAUUCCCAUGGCUUAUCUGACCCUGGAUCACCAGCUGCAGCCCCUUGCUCCCUGUCCUAACUCCAAAGAGUCCAUGGCGGUGUUUGAGCAGCACUGUAAAAUGGCCCAAGAAUAUCUGAAGGUGCAAACAGAGAUCGCCUUGUUGAUCCAGAGAAAGAAGGAGCUGAUUGCUGAACUGGACCAAGAUGAGAAGGACCAGCAGAACACAUCCCGUCUGGUGCAGGAGCACAAAAAGCUGCUGGAGGAGAACAAGAGUCUGUCCACGUACUACCAGAAUUGCAAAAAGCAGCUGGAGCUGAUUCGUGUCCAGCAACAAAAGAGGCAGGGGACUUCGUGAUGAAGCCGCAGACGAAGGAACCUCCCACCACCCCACCACCCCCCCUCCCAUCCCUUUCUUCACCCUGACUUGUCCCCUGCACUAUCACACAUACCCACCCACGCACACACAAUCACAGACACACACACACACACUCUGUCGGGCCUGUAUAGAGACCUUAAUCCUCCUGCAUGGUGUUUUUACAGAUGCGAUGUUUCCAGCAGGACAACCUGUGUCCUCUGCACAGACAUUUGCACAUCAUCACUGUGUGUGAAGUCACUGACCACAGACCAAACAAUCACUGCACCCUUCCUGCUCCUCCUCCACCCUGCCUCUGAACCCAUCCGCUACUCGCAGACGGCACGUGUGAGGGCAGACCAAGAAACACUGCAGGGUUAUCCCUAGGUUUUUUUUUUUUUAUUUGUUUUUUUGCUCCUGUGGCUCGUGGGGCUGCUCGGUCAGUGGGUCGGUCGGUGUGUCCUCAGCCAGUUGUCCACACAAUCCUUCAAGAAUGUGAAAAUCCCGACAAGACUCUUGGAGAAAAAGAGAAGAAGAAAAAAGUCGAAAUGGACAGCUGUAUGUGUUUUUAAGAAACACGGAUGUUCGAAACCCUGUUAUGCAAGACACGCCUUCACCUCCCUCGUCCUCCCAAACUAUUUUAUCUUUCGACACAAGGCCCGGCACGGGUCCACCUCCUCUGAGCGCGUCAACUGCUUAGAGACCAAAACGUACUUGAUAAUGACAGGUGCGAGCCUGAGCGUGAGCCCGAAUUCAGCGUUAGCAAAAGCUGCUCUUUACAUUUUAAACGGAAAGAACUGGUUUCCAGAGUUUCCAGAAAAUGAAAAAAAAAAACUGAGAGAGCUGUGGAUUCCCCUUUUUAUUUGAGUUUUCAGUAUUGUUUUUUUUUUUUUUUUUGCGUGAUGAUGUUUUUUGUCUUUUAUAUCCAGUAGUUCAAUUUGUAUGACAGCUGUGAUAGGACAUAUUUUACCAGCCCAUGGCGACAUGCGCCUCCUACAGGCAUGAAUAGAUUGGCCUGCGCUUCUCUAUAGAGAAACUGAGUUGGUUUUUAGUUCACAUGUUGCCUUAGGAGUUGCCUGAAUUUUAAGUGCUUGUUCCAUAUAUCAUGUUGUGGGAACGAAAGCUGAAAAGAGAGAUAAUGGACACUUGAUGAAAAACGUGGAAUGUACAUACUGUAUAUCGACGAAUGGAAUUUCCUACCAGCUUCAGAUCCAAACCAAUAGCAUGUCCUGAUGAAAGAAGAUUAUGGUGUUCUUUUUUUUUUUUCUUUUUUUUGGUCUUUUCAUCCCUCAAGUAUUUUUGCACAGUUGCUACGUUUCAUCUGGCCAUGUAAAAAAAAAAAAUUCUUAUUUACGCAAGUUUUUUUUUUUAAAGUAAAGACUAGACACAUUUUACUUUUGAAACCACGAAAGGGAGAAGUCUGUGUUCCCCUCAUCUGGUUUUUUUUUUUUUUAGCUCUCACGACGACUCACUCGGAGCAGUAUGUGAUAGUCAACAUGGCAUUAUGAAAUAAAAUGAAUGGUGAAAGUG